ACGACGGAGGAGGAGUCGGGUCCGCUGCCGGGUGGAGGACCAAGGCGAGUGUCCUUAUCCUAGCGAUUGGGGCUUGGGCCUGUGAGCCAGUUGGAGUCGUAGCGGCGGAAACGAUUGGGCCGAACGGAGGAAGACAUGUUGCUCUUUGUGGAGCAGGUAACAUCUAAAGGAACUGGUUUAAAUCCUAAUGCCAAAGUUUGGCAAGAAAUUCCUCCUGGAAGUAGUGAUGCCACUCCAGUAACUCAUGGAACCGAAAGCUCUUGGCAUGAAACAGCAGCCACAUCAGGGUCUCAUCCUGAGGGUAAUACAGAGCUUUCUGAUGAUAUAUGUAAGGAAUAUGAAGUAAUGUAUUCCUCAUCUUGUGAAACCACAGGAAAUACUACUGGCAUUGAAGAAUCAUCUGAUGGAAUGAUUUUAGGACCAGAAGAUCUGAAUUACCAAAUAUAUGAUGUUUCUGGUAAACUUUAUGGAUUUAUUGGAGAAAGCAAUUCAGCAAUUUCUACAGAAGACCUAAAAGAAUGUCUGAAGAAACAAAUAGAAUUCUGUUUCUCACGAGAAAAUUUGUCAAAGGAUCUUUACUUGAUCUCUCAAAUGGACAGUGAUCAGUUUAUCCCAAUUUGGACAGUUGCCAACAUGGAAGAAAUAAAAAAGCUGACCACAGACCCUGAUCUAAUUCUUGAAGUGUUGAGAUCUUCCCCCAUGGUACAGGUUGAUGAGAAGGGUGAGAAAGUGAGACCAAGUCAUAAGCGUUGUAUUGUUAUUCUUAGAGAGAUUCCUGAAACAACACCAAUAGAGGAAGUGAAAGCUUUGUUCAAAAAUGAAAAUUGUCCCAAAGUGAUAAGCUGUGAGUUUGCACACAAUAGUAAUUGGUAUAUCACUUUCCAGUCAGACACAGAUGCACAACAGGCUUUUAGAUACUUAAGAGAAGAAGUUAAGACAUUUCAGGGCAAGCCAAUCAUGGCAAGGAUAAAAGCCAUCAAUACAUUUUUUGCUAAGAAUGGUUAUCGACUAAUGGAUUCUAGUGUGUAUAGUCAGCCCAUUCAAACUCAAGCACAGUAUGCCUCACCAAUCUUUAUGCAGCCUUUAUAUAAUCCUCACCAACAGUACUCACUCUACAGUAUUGUGCCUCAGUCUUGGUCUCCAAAUCCUGCACCUUAUUUUGAAACACCGCUGGCUCCCUUUCCCAAUGGUAGUUUUGUGAAUGGCUUUAAUUCACCAGGAUCUUACAAAACAAAUGCUGCUACUAUGAAUAUGGGUCGACCAUUCCAAAAAACUCGUGUGAAGCCUCACUUUAGGUCAUCCAGUGGUUCAGAACACUCAACAGAGGGCUCUGUGUUAUUGGGGGAUGGACCAUUGAACAGAUCUAGUUCGAGGAACUUUACAACUGAACGGCAUAACCCUACAGUAACAGGGCAUCAGGAGCAAACUUACCUCCUAAAGGAGACCCCCACUUUGCAGGUGGAACAGAAUGGGGACUACAGUAGGGGCAGGAGAACUCUUUUCAGAGGUCGAAGACGACGGGAAGACGACAGGAUCCCAAGACCCCAUCCCGCAACUGCUGAAGCAAAGGCUCCAACACCAAAGUUUGACUUAUUAGCCUCAAAUUUUCCUCCUUUACCUGGAAGUUCAUCGAGAGUACCAGGUGAACUUCCUUUGGAGAAUAGGAUGUCUGAUGUUGUUAAAGGUGUCUACAAGGAAAAGGAUAAUGAAGAGUUGAGAAUUAGUUGUCCCGUGCCUGCAGAGGAUGAGGAGGCAGACUGUAGCUCUGCCCAACAGCUCAGUUUGAGUACAAGUCCUCCAUGUGUAGCUCAGCUUCCUGCAUUAAGUACAACUCAGCAAGAAGAGGAUCAAGUAGAGGAUUCCUCUGUUCAGAAGGAUGUUCUCAACCAGGCAACUUUACCAGUUUCUUCACCAAGUACUGCAAAGCCAUCAAGGACAAAUACUGCUUCACCAUGUAAUAGUAAUAUAAAUGCACCUGUAGCUGUGGCCCUACAGGAACCCCGAAAGCUGAGUUAUGCUGAAGUGUGCCAGAAGCCCCCUAAAGAGCCAUCUCCAGUUCUUGUGCAGCCACUACGGGAACUUCGCUCCAAUGUAGUAUCUCCUACCAAAAAUGAAGAGAAUGGAGUUCCUGAGAAGUCCAUUGAGAAACCACAUGAGAGGCCUGAAGCAAGGGCUAGUAAAGAUUGUUGUGGCUUCCGAGGCAAUACGAUUCCCAGGGGAGCAGCUGGAAAAAUCCGAGAACAGAGACGCCAGUUUGGCCAUAGGUCUAUACCUCAGGGAGUGACUCGACGUAAUGGCAAAGAGCAAUAUGUGCCACCCAGAUCACCAAAGUAACGAAACAAGAACAACAAAAAACAACACAAAACUAUUCAGAAACUUCUCUCUCUUCUCAAUUAAACUUGAGCCAUGGCUAUAUUGAACUGUUUUGCAGGGGGAAGGGGAUAGCUAGGAAAGAAACAGAAGAAAAUAAGUCCUUAAAUCAUUAUGGAUUUUGGAGUUGUAAGCAUUAGAAUCCUGAAAUUCAUCUCUAAAGUGAUUUUAAAAUUCUGGAGGAUUCCAAUCAGUAUAAAUAUAUAUAUAUACACAUACAUAUAUAUAUACAUAUAUAAAAGUAUAACUUUUCUAUUUUUGUUUUUAAAUUUAAUUUGCAGAGAUUUUCUGCCUUGAAUCAAUUUUGAGGGUUCAGAUUUAGCUGGGAAAAAACAUUACACAUCCUUCAACAUAGGAGAUGAGGGAGUGAGAGUAAAUAUUUUUUGAAGAGUCCUUUCUGUAAAAUUAGAAAUUACUUUUUUUAAUCUAUUUAAAGCUUGGCUUGGAGAAUGCCAUUUCUGCCUAUAUGGCCUUGUGUUGCAGAGCAGAUCAUUGGCUUGGGUGCCUGUUGUGGGUGUGAAUGUGUGCAAGAGUAAUUGAAGCCAAAUCUGUUGUCAUGUUAGUAAAUAAUUUGCAAACAGAAUGUAAUUCUUGAGUAGAAUUUUUUCCCAGUUUGGAAUUUAGUUUGUCUUUUUGACCUUUUUAGUAUUUCAUUCAAUAAGCUGUUAAGCUCUGAUUGUACUUGGAUAUGUAACUACCAGUUGGCUUGAUACUCAAGGAAAGAAUGGGGGUUAUGCAAAAAAUGAAAAAUUUGGUCUUAGACCAACCUGAGUGGAUAGGUCAAAUGGACUUACGAGAUUUAAACUGCCCUGUGAUGCCCGCUGCUGCCACCCCCCCACCCCCCUAAUGGGAAACAUAUUUUUGUGUGUUACUUAAUUUGUUAUUCUCUGUACUUCAGCUGCCUACCCCUAAAAGCAAAAUUACCACCCACCUACAGAAUUGUCUGUUUCUGUUUUGACUGUCUAGUCACAUCAUAUAACAACUAUUCUAAGAUUGUUUUGACUGUCUAGUCACAUCAUAUAACAACUAUUCUAAGCAUCUGAUUUAAUGUUAUUGAAGUAUUUUACUCUUGUGUUCAGGUAUUUAGAACUCUAGAUCCAAGAAUGGUAGGGCAGUGUGUCCCUACAGUAAUUUAUUUGUGUUAGUGUUAAAAAUGAAACCUUGUAACUGACUCUUUAAAGUGUUAAAUAGUGUAGUAGUGAAAAGUUUUUCUAAAAGUUUAAUUUGGGGGCAACUUUUUCCAGUUUACAGUGUAUUUAUCACCUUCCUUUACUUCCCUCCUCCAAAUUCACUGAAAAAGAACCAGCAUGUAGUAUUUUUGAGUUAAGGUGAAAAGGAAGGCUGAAGAAAAUUAAUGCAUAAUUUCUCAGUGAAUAAAGUGGUGGCUCUUACAUAUUAAAUAGGCAAGUUUACAUGCUGGUAUUUAGAAAAUGGCUGAAAUAUUAAAAACCGUAUUGAAUUAAUCUGUUUUAAGUCACACCAUCUUCAGAGUUCUAUGUAAGGUUCUUUUUAUGGAUAGUUUGUAGCAGUAAUAACUGUCCCUUAUGUUAGUGAAUUUCAUAUGUACAAAUUUAAACUGUAAAUUGUAAACACUGGAAAGCACCAAUGUGACAUAGAAUAAACAUCUUAGUAAUAUAUUAAAAUGAAUGUAAGUGGAGGUUUAAAAUUACAUUACUGUGAAACUCAUCUUCCAACUCUAAGCUUUGGAGAUUUGUAUUAGGAGGUAACUGUUAAGAGCUUUGAAAACACUGCACGUUUCUUUUCUGUAUAAGCCAGAAUUAUUAUUUCUUUGUAAUUUAUUAUUCAGCUUGGCAAUAGCUUUUGAUUUGAUGGAUUGAUAACAUGGUAUAAUAUAUUUAAGCAGUUUGAAUCUAUUAAUUUCUACACACUUUUUAGAAAUCAUCUACUAGGUGAAACAUACAAUAAAACUACCUGUGAAAUUUGGGAAAGUUUAGGUCCUUUUAAGAAAAAAGUAUUAAUAAUCAUUGAUUACAUCUAUGACAAAAGUGCUUAUUUUAGUUUACUUAGAUAAUGCAGUUGGUGGAAAUGAUAAGUGUUAACAUUUGUGAACGCAUUCGAUUUAAGAGAAUAAACAUUUUACAAAAAUCACUUUGUAAGGAUCAUAAAGUUAAUUAUUGCACUUAAAAGUGAAAUAUUGCCUUUUUUUUUUUUUUUUACAUUUCACAGAUUUAGGCUUGUAUGCUUGUGAUGUUAGUCCAUCCAACUUCUAAAAAGCUAAUGGAUCCAAUUAGGGCCUUCGUUUUUUAAGAAAUCAAGUUUUUUCUUGCUUUUCUCCCAAGUGUUACUGAAAAUAGAAAAUUUAAAGACAUGAUCAUUUUAAAUUUUCUUUUAAAAUAAUAGUUUUUAAUUUACAUUAUUACAUCUCUUGUCAUUGGAUGUAUAGGGAAGAAUAAAUAAGUUUGUGUGUAUAUAUAAUAUAUAUAUAUUCUACAGUAUGUAUUUGGCAUUUUAUUGCAGCAGAUUCAAGGUUUAUAUCUUGAUGCUUAUGAGUUGUGUGAAAAUGUUGGCUUUUUUUCACUGUAAUUCAACUAUUUAUUUGGUUCUUUAGCUGGAAAUAUUUAAAUUUCAGAUCUUUCUCUCUUCACUCUUAGAAUUUAACACUUCCAUGUGUUGUUGGAGACUAAAAGUAGAUCAAGUACUAUUACAACUAAUUUUGUAUGUACACAGUUUACAGUAAGAUCAAAUACUGAUUAUUCACAGAUUAUUUGAUCAUCUUAUUGUGUGAAGAAAACAAGUCACACAAAUUCUUCACCUUCUACUUGAUAGAGAAGGUACAUAGAGACAUUGCAAAACCUGUCUUCAUUUUCUCUCCUGAUGAUUAAUGUUUUUCAUAAUAUCUAGAGCCUGUCUGUAGAUCUAAGUAAUUUUACUUUUGCAAAAUACAGGCACUGGCAUUCAAAAUUGUGAAUUUUCAACUGGAUUUUGGAGGAAGAUGAUAUCUUUCAGUGAUACGGGUUUGUUAUCUAAUGUGCUCAAUUUGUAUGUGAUCAAAUGACACGCAGAAUUUUGAUAUAUUUGAUACCUAUAAUGAAGGUAAUUUGAGUAUUGUUUUACAUUCCUUUUUCCUUUUUAAAUAAACAGGUUGUCUCUAGAAAGCUUAAUGAUGGAAUGUUGGGAUCUUUAUUAGUGUGAAGGAGAACAAGAAGGGUAUUGCUGGAGCAGAAAAUAGUACUUAAAAGUUACUGAACACUUGCUCCAGUUUUAUUAGUUAUGGGGUUAAUAGUCUUUUAGCCUAAAUGUCCAUUGGUUUUAGUUUGUCACGGUUGAACAACACUGGGUUAAGCCUCUGAUAUUUGUGUUGGCAGUAUAUAUCAGUAUAUAAGAGAACCACCAGUUCAUUUACAGAAAAGAGAAAACACAAAAAGGAGAGCAGUAUAGUGCCUCUUUUUUU